AAAAUCGAUUCUUGAAUUGCAGUAGCGAACUCAGUGUUGUGAACGAUUCACAUGCAACAAUCUAAUCGAAUAUUGUUUAUUAUUUUACCGUGAAUAAUAGACAGAUAUACAUUGAUAUAUCGCGCGUAUAUUUAAAGGUGCAGACAUGAGUUCAUUCGACCUCUACGGUCUGAUAGCGCCGGUGUUUACACCGUUGGAUGCGGCUGGGGAGGUAGACUAUGACGUCAUCCCCAAAUACGCCAAGUAUCUAUCGAAACAAAAAAUUACCGGAAUUUUGGUUGGAGGCACCACAGGUGAAUUCGCGUCACUUGACAUAGAGGAAAGGAACAAUAUACUAGAUGCCUGGGUGAGCGUGGCGAAGCCCUACAACCUCAAGGUGCUGGCCCAGGUCGGCGGAGCACCCUUGCCUGACGUCAUUAAAAUGGUGAAAUUUGCUGACAAGCGGAACGUUGAUGCGAUAAUGACGCUUCCAGAGCUCUACUUCCGUCCCCGGACCGCUGACCAGCUCGUGGCAUAUCUGGAAGUGGUCAGCAGUGCUGCACCCAGCCUGCCUCUCCUAUACUAUCACUUUCCGAUGAUGACUGGAGUAAAUGUUAAUGUGGCGGAGUUCUUCACAAUAGCAAAAAGCAGAUUACCAAAAUUCAUGGGAAUGAAAGCGGAUUUGGAAGUGGCAACCCACGUGGCCGACCAGCUAACAGAUGGCCGAGUUAUAUACGUCGCGAAUCAUCUGUUAGGGCCAUCUGCGCUCAUGGGCCACGACUCGAGCAUCGCCACAGUCAACAACAUAUUCCCAUCGUUAGCGAGCGACAUAGUACGGUUGACAACGAAAGGCGAAGUCAGCCAGGCCAAAAAACUGCAGGAGAAGUUGAACUCACUGGUUGAUGGAAUUACGUGUAAUGGAGACUUCGUGCCAUCCAUGAAGGUAGCAAUGGAACUAGUGACUGGAGUCAAAGUAGGCCCACCGAGGAUGCCGCAGAAACCACUAAAUGAACUUCACAAGAGACGCGUCAAGGAACAUUUGAAACGCUAUGGUUAUUAAAAGACAUGGAAGCAGGAAGUUCCCAAGAAUUCAUAUUGAUUAUUGUAAAAAUACAUUUAUUUAAUUUAUUAAAUUAUUAUCCAUUAAUCUUUGAAAAGUAAUAGAGGCACUUUUAGUUUUAAUUAAUAAAAAAAAUUAAGAUAAAUUUAAGGAAGACAUUUAUGUUAUUGUAAUGUUUAUGUAAAUAGCUUUUGUGAGUAGAAUUAUAAAGAUUAAAGUGUUAAAAAGCCA